UUCGACACCGUACUCGCUUCAGCUUAUCCACACCAAUUAAAAGAAGUGGCUAAAACUGGACGCGUAUCUUUAUAUCCGCACUCUCGCUAAUAAGAGCUCGACACGUGUCCCGGCAAGAUAAGCCACUCCCACCAGGGAAGUUACACGUGGAAGAAUAUCAAAAUUUCUGGAAAUUAGUGGACGAGUCUGACCGGUUCCAACCUCCAAAAAAACGCCUUCCAACGCCGCAUAUUUGCCACGUGUCACACUGAGGUGGACAACGCGAUCCCAGUCGUCCACAAAAAUUUGAGAUUUGUAUUUAAUUUUUCGUUCUCGAAGAUUCCCAUGUUUUUAGUUUAUUAACAUAGAUGCGAGCUCUCGGGAUUUCCUUCUUUCUUCUACGUUUUUGGCUGUGUAAGAAAAAUUCUCGACGGGUUUCUGUUCCAAGUCCAGCGAAUUCAUUUACUUGUUUUGGAUUUCGUUUCUAAAAUUUGAGGGUGUUAUUUGGAGUAAGGGCUAAAUUUAGCAACAUCCCCAAAUUUCAUCGAUUGGGAAGAUAAUUUGGGGGUUUUGUUUUUCUUUUCUGGAUCUCUUAUUUCUCUGUUUAAGUUCUGAAUGAGAACGAGUGUUGAACAUUGGAAGGAGUGAAAUAUUUUCUCGAGGGGGAUCAGAGAGAGAGAGAGAGACGUGAGGGUUUGCAAUCAGCGAAAGGGAAUAAUAAUAAUAAUAAUAAUAAUGCCUAUGGAGCCGAUUGUGAAGGGGAAUCCCACGCUGUUGUCAUCUUCAUCGUCGUCCUCAUCGCUGAUUCUGACCUCCGGUGCGAGUGGCCGCAUAAACGCGUUGCUAUCGAUGCGCGCGCUGAAGAGUCUGAUUAUGUUGGUUAAUGCCUUCAUUUUGUUGUUGUUAGUGCCUUUCCGCGGCCGGAAGCGCGCGCAAUCCAUCGCUCUGUCGUCGGUGGAGAAGCCCAAAGACGAUAAGCAAGAGAGAAAAUGCGCCACGGUCAGGGUGCCGGCGGCGAUCGUGUCUAGGAAGAGCAGUAGUAGUAAUAACACCAACGGGACCGCGCCGGCGCCGGCGGGGGUGGAUCAGGAGGUGGCGGUGAGAAGAGCUCUGGCAAUUCGGAGGGUGCUUGAGGAUUGCUGUGAGGACUCGGUGCGAGAGUUUCUUCUCUUCCAAACCCCGAGAGGAAAUACGACCUUUACCCAAUCGUGGACGCCUGUAUCGGUGGAGAUAAGGGGACUAGUGGUUCUCUUGCAUGGACUGAAUGAGCACAGUGGUAGAUACGGUGAUUUUGCCAAGCAACUAAAUGCAAAUGGCUACAAGGUUUUUGGCAUGGAUUGGAUUGGCCACGGUGGGAGCGAUGGGUUGCAUGCUUAUGUUCAUUCUCUUGAUGAUGCUGUUUCUGAUUUGAAAUCAUAUCUUCAGAAGGUUUUGGCUGACAACCCGGGCUUGCCUUGUUUUUUAUUUGGACACUCCACAGGGGGAGCCAUUGUUCUUAAGGCAGUGAUCGACCCAAGUAUCAGUUCUUGCAUAUCAGGAGUUGUGCUUACAUCACCUGCAGUUGGAGUUCAACCAUCCCAUCCGAUUUUUGCGGUCCUUGCGCCAAUAGUCUCAUUGCUGUUGCCAACUCUCCAAGUUGGCGCUGCAAACAACACAACCAUGCCGGUGUCUCGAGAUCCAGAUGCAUUGGUGGCUAAGUACUCUGAUCCUCUAGUUUACACAGGAUCGAUCCGUGUGAGAACCGGUUACGAAAUCCUCAAAAUCUCAUCGUUUUUGCAGCAGAAUUUAAGCAAAAUACGCGUUCCGUUUUUAGUUCUCCAUGGGACUGUCGACCAAGUAACUGACCCAAAAGCUUCUCAAAAACUUUACAUAGAAGCCUCCUCAACUGACAAAUCCAUCAGAUUGCUUCAAGGCCUCCUACAUGAUCUCCUCUUUGAACCAGAAAGACAGAGUAUCAUCAGUGACAUAAUUGAAUGGAUAAAUAGUAGAUUGUAAGAUGUUACCCUCUUUUUUCCUCUCUCUUUUGAUCUGGGAGGAGUUUUUAUGAGGGGCAUGGCUGUGGCUGUGGCUGUGGCUGUGGCAUUGGGUGGCGGCUACUGUGGCUGAAUAAAGCUCAGAAUUUCUUCUUUCAUGUCGAUAAUCUUACAAAUGUUUAUGAACUUUGUCAAUUGUUUAUGAGGAAAUUGCUGGCUAUUUUGCCUGUUCUGCUCCUUCAUUGCUUCUUAAUCUUAUCAUAGUAAAAAAAAAAAAAAAAUUGUCAAUGGACCACUGAAAUUUAUUUUAAUCAGACGAUAUAUGGGGUAAUUUUGGAAUAACGAUAUAUGGUGUGGGGCGUUGUCUAAAAUUUUAAAGAUUGAAGGGGGGAAAUGUAAUUUUACCCGAAUUUUAAUUUCAAGUCCGCCACCAACCGAGCGAAAGAUCGCUGCUAUCGGAGGACCAUUGAAGAUCGCCGAUGAUGGGUGAUCACAGAAACCGAAGACGUACGUGAAUCUCCAUUAAAAAUCAUCAAGCUUUAAGAAGAAAUCGGUGGAAUUUCUUUCCGAGUGAUGCAAGAAGCUCGAUGAAGUGUUCGAUUCGAAUAACAACGAAUGAAAUUGGAGGGUCGAAUGGAAGGACAGAGUAGAGAGAAAUGUUCGAGUUCUUCCACUUUCUCCUUCGUGUUUGCCGCUUGUUACAUUUUCCGCGACGUGCGGAACUCGAGAGUUCGUCUGUGAGAGAUCACAGAGAAACAUAUAGUUGACCUAGAUUUUGUUUUCGUUCGCGUACUUCAGCGGUUGAUCUUCUAGGGUUUCAGGUCAAGCUUCACUAAUAAUGGCCGAAAUUUGAGCGUAAUUCUCGUCUGCUCUUCGUAGGAGGUUGUGCUUCGGAUCAUCAUUACGCGUCUCUAUGCAACAGGAUCUGGCAUUUCAUAAGCCCAGAAUCUGCAUCAAGAGAGUCCACAGGUUGUUCAGAUUGCAUUCCGAAACGUUUCAUGUGAAAAGGCAGGCUCCUGGUGGAAUGAAAUAAAGUCACCUAGUUAGUGCUCUCUGCAAAUGAAUUUCUUAGAGGUGAAAGAUUAUAACCUUGUAGGUAAGAAAAGACUUCCAAACGAAGUUGACUGAGCAGUAGAAAAUCUAUUGCAAACGAAAUUUUUUUUCCUAUCUCUCUCCUUCUCUAGAUUCCUCUCUCCCACUUGUGAAAAAAACCCAAUAGUGGACAGAGUCGAGAGAGACGUAUUUUUCUUUGCAGCUUGCUCGGGUUCUGGUACCUACUCCAGCUACUUUAUUUUGUUGCAGCUCUCCUCGGAUUCCCCCUUCUCAGCUCUUUCUUUCCUUGAUUUUGGGGUUUGGAGAAUCUUUUUUCUCUCUUUUUUUUUUUAAUUGUUGCAAGCAGGAUUGGAAUAAAGUUAACCUUACUGUGAAAUAAACCAAAAAAGUAAAAAAAAGAUGGACCGUUUUUUUCA